AAAAGAUGUUUACCUAGGCAUCUGUCAAUUCGAAUAACAACUAGAUACAUUUUUGAGUAUUGGAUAUAGUUUAAUAUCCAACAUAAAAUGGAAGUGUUCCAAACCGAAACGUAUUACAUCUUUGUGAAACACAACCGCAGCCUCUGGUGGAAUCGACAAACGAUGCAAUUCAAGGUUAAGAGUGGUUGGGACUUUUCUUCAGUUGACGAUAUCGAGUGUAUAGGUGUUACGCAUGGCAUUGUCGGAACAAUAAUGCUUCCGGGUGUGCUGGAACCACAUUUGAUUGUUAUACGAGAGGUGACACCGGUCGGCGUGUUGUACGCCCCGCAUCUGGUGUACAAGAUCCGUAGCAUCGCGGUGCUCGGCCCGGAUGGUGCAGAUACGCAAUUACUGCCUUGUAGUAAACAUAACUGCAAUCAAGCGUUGAAAGUGGCACCGGCUGCCGCAACAGCGGGCAUGCUAGCGGAUCCGACUUUGGGCUCUGCUUCAGCCAAAGGGCGACUUUUUGAGAGCUCUGCGUUGGUAAAUAAAACGUGGGGCGCAGUCAAGAGUGCCGGCAGCACUAUCCGGAACACGACCGAGAAGGCGGCGGCCAUUGCCACGAGUCAAGUGAAGUCGACCGUCAGUCUGGUGGUGAAAGAUCCGGUACGCAUUGAGCGACGCGUGAUGGAGGAACUUCACAAGAUUUUCGACGAAACGGACAGCUUUUACUACAGCCCAAACUGUGAUAUUACGAACAACCUGCAGCGUCGCGGCCAGGCGCCCGACGAUCGAUUUUACUGGAAUAAGAAUAUGGUAAAGGAUUUACUGGCAAUGGAGGACGGGGAACAGUGGGUGCUGCCCAUUAUUCAAGGUUUCGUGCAGGUGGAACAUUGCGUGAUCGGUAACGAAUGUUUCUCACUAGCAGUCGUAUCUCGUCGAUCGCGAUACCGGGCGGGUACGCGUUAUAAGCGACGAGGUGUCGAUGAGCUGGGCAAUUGUGCCAACUAUGUUGAAACUGAGCAGGUACUUUCGCUGCGCCAGCACCAAAUAGCUUUCACGCAGGUGCGCGGCUCAGUUCCGGUGUACUGGAGUCAGCCUGGCUACAAGUAUCGGCCACCGCCGCGGCUCGACCGUGAUGAGACAGAAACGCAACUCGCGUUUCAAAAGCACUUUAGUGCGGAGCUCAGCAUUUAUCAAACUAUUUGCAUUAUCAAUUUGGUGGAGCAAAGCGGCAAAGAGAAAAUAAUUGGUGAUGCUUAUGCGAACCACGUGCUUAAAUACAACUCGGAUAAGCUUAUCUAUGUCACGUUUGACUUCCACGAGUAUUGUCGUGGGAUGCGCUUCGAAAACGUUUCUUCGUUGAUUGAGUCGCUUGCGCCGGAAGCGGGCUCGAUGGGAUUUCACUGGCGUGACCAAAACGGUCCGAUCUGUAACCAGAAAGGCGUUUUUCGCGUGAACUGCAUGGAUUGUCUGGAUCGCACUAACGUAGUGCAAACCGCGCUCGGUAAAGCGGUACUCGAGUCGCAGCUUGUUAAACUUGGACUUGCCAUGCCCUAUUCCCAAUUGCCAGAUCAGCUGAAAGCACCAUUUAUGGUGUUGUGGGCCAACAAUGGCGAUGUAAUCAGCCGCCAAUAUGCCGGCACGAACGCGUUAAAGGGAGACUACACUCGCACUGGUGAGCGAAAAAUUUCCGGAAUAAUGAAGGACGGCAUGAAUUCUGCCAACCGCUACCUUAUUCAACACUUCGCCGAUACGUUUCGGCAAACUUGCAUCGAUUUGAUGCUUGGCAACCUAGGUGAUGCGGACACGCUGCCUGAGGAUGACUUCUUCACUGCCAUGGUCGGGAUUGCCCGUACCGCGCUGGUAUCUACCAGUCCUUCGUCGCAAUCCUACUACAACUACGGACUGAUGAGUACUGAAAUUAUGCUGCUCGAGCAGUUGGUAACCAGUGCAAGCUAUUAUCUAGCCAGAUUUAAAGACACCUAUCGACAGGCAACGAUCGACAUGAUGCUGGGUAAUAGUGUUUCGCCGGAGUCCGUCUCCGCGCUCGGCGGCAGUCACACAUCGGCCACUGACGAAACCGAUGCGCUGGAAGGAGCAGAACACGCUCGGCUCCUGGUUGAAGAUUGUCGUAGAUUGCUGCUCGGAACUACUCAGUUGCCAGUCGGUGCGUGGGGUUUGAUUGACGCUGAUCCAACCACUGGCGAUCCUAGUGAAACUGAGGUGGACACAAUAUUGAUCCUAAGCGACGACGGCUAUAUCGUAGCCGAGUACGACUCGCACCUCGAUAAAAUCGUGCGUUUCGGGAACGUUUCGCUCGACAGCCUCACAUUGAUCGAGCUUGGUCUGUUUCAGCACAACAAAAUGUUCCAAGGACCCGCACUCACACACUUGUGCAUACGUUUGAACUAUGCCGUCAAUGGGGUCGAUGGUUAUUUUCACAUGUUCCGGUCACCGAACAUACGCUUUUUCAACAACGUGGCGGUUGUCAUACGCAAGCCCGAAGAGAUUACGGAGUCGUUGACCGCAAUCGUAGACCUGUUUCGUAUUGCACUACAGAACCGCGGCCGCACUGACGUGCAGUUUCAGUAUGGUGGCAGUUUGCAAAGGCGCAAAAGCCGUACGCUGCUCUCGGUCCCGGGAGGACUACCACGCAACCUCUCCGAAUCGCAGUUGGUGCAAAUGGGUUCCAAAGCGCUGAGCAGUAUGGCGUCGAAGAUUGGUCAAUCGCUGAAUGCGUCUAAAAUCGGUCGCCCGACCGGGAAACAGCAGAUGAAGCCUGAAGACGAGUCGCGGGGGGAUGGAGGGCAACGGAAUCAGUCAGAGGACGCGGAUACAGCUAUCGCUGCAGGAGGUUUGGAAGAGCCUGGGUUCCUCGUUGCUGGAGGUUCACAGUUUUACAAGUUCGAUCGAUCAUCAUCCGAGUCUGAAGAAGCAGAUGCUACCAUCCAUGAGCCGGAGAAUCUGGUAGAGCAAAAUCCUUUGUACAAUGAAAAUGUGUUUCUACCGUCAGUCGGCAUCGUGAUGGGCGGGGGCGCUGGUAGCGAAGUUGGUGUGGGCGAAGAGACCGGAAAUUUACUCGAGGUCAGAGAUAGCAUCGCGAAGAUGUCGUCGGAUGUAUCAACAAUGUCCAUAUCGUCUGUGGCCGAUCACGUCAACAUGCCGGUUGGGAUGCUCGAAUGUGCUUCGCCAAUACGUGUCGCUAGUCCGACACCGGAAAUACUCAUCGAUGGGUGUAACGAGGGCAGGCUAUUGGGGCACAAUAUGGUGUUGAAUCUGCAACCGAGCGGCACCCAGAGUGACAAUGCGCUUCGUCAGUUGAAGAAGCUCACCAGUCCCCUGUCAAACAUUGGCAAAGGUUUACAGACGCUCGGUGCUAAUCUUGACCCACGGAAGAUUACCGCUAAGAACGUCGCGGGAUCAACCCACAAUAUCAGCACGGCGUUAGACGAAAUCAAACAGCUGGAGAACAAGUGGGAGAAAUCUGGUUGCCGCACGAAAUUGAUCGCACUCUAAAGAGCCCCGACAGGCGAGAAAGCCACACCAAGGUCUUAGCCCGAAGGUGCUCUUAUUUCUUCGUCUUUCUGGAUCCGUCGGUAGUUCGUAAGAUAAUUAGAAUUUCAUUAUAAUUCGCAUCCUUGCGGUAUCCAGCAUUCGAAAAUCGACGGUGUUCUGAAAUUCCUUCUUAAGUAUGAUAAUAUUUUUAUUGCUACAUAUAAGCUUGGGUUAACCAACCAACUCUAUUCAAGUUAUACAUCUUUUCCUUCGUUUUCUUGCGCACAUACCAAAGUGUGGUUCAGAGUACUUUCUUCAUUAUAUUGAUAUAGUAAACGCACGAAUUUUAUGCAACCUACAACUAAUAAAAAUCAAUAUUUAGUUGCGCCAUCUAAUGCACUUUGCUAUGAUCUCCCACUUUUCGGCAUUGUUUGCGAUUAGUAUUAUAAAUUUAUCUGUAAAAACGGGCCGUGCCGUUCUUUCGCCUUGAAACCGAUUUAUUGGUGCAUUGGAGACGAACCUUCCCUUCGUUGUCUGGUGAUAUCGACAAACGAAGGAAAACUUGAAUAUGCCGGGUGUCGGUCCAUCUUUCAGUGUUGUCGCGGUUCUCAUAGUGCACGUCGGUAAUAACAUCAUUCGAACAGGGUUAGUGGCUUUGGUUUCACGCAAACGUAGACCGAUGCGAUGCUUUGAGGCAUGUCGUGAGCUUUGCAUUUAGCAUAUAUUUUGAUGGCUACAAAGACAAUGGCAAAUAUUCUAGGAUAUCGGUUGGCAUCAAAGUGGCGAUAAAUAUUGUGAUGAAUAUAUGAACACAACGUAAACCAAUUUCGACAAAUCUUAGGGAUGAUUUUUAGACCCUUUCAGUCGGAGUAGUCGGUAACAUUUUGUCGUUGUCACACAGCUGGCGUGGGUUCGAGUACCUAGACCGGCGUGUCACGGAGGUUGACGUGGGGCCAACAAUCUCACCCGCAAGAACACAACGUUACAGUAAGCAAUAUAGAUAAAAGUUGUCUCUGUUGCAGGCCAAGAGCACUCGGCGGUGUACAAUUGCCGGACAACGAGAAGAAUCGCUUAUCGAGGCAGAGAGCCAAUAACGAAAAAAAGGAAAAAUAUUACAGCGUAGUACUCUCACCCUUACGUAAAAUACAUACAAACGAAUGGCUAGAAGAACGCCUUCGACGAGACCUGUAAUAGGAUAUAAUUAUUGUGAACGCGUUGUAACAACACCCUUGAUGCUUAAGAUUCUCUAGAGCUCGUUCCGACCCGGUUGGAAUUUAAGUUACUCUCGGACAAGGUUAAAUGACGGAACUUGUAGCACCUAGCCUCGCAACUGUUCCACGCUAGUAAGCUCGGCUUAUUUCGGUCUGUAAGAUGUUCGUGAAACAUGAAUUAAACUAAAUCAUAAAAUAACGUGCCCAUGCAGAAGAUGCAUCCAAUAUAUACACUCCAAUCGGCUGGCUUAUAAACAAGCAAACCAUUGAACAGUCGUAUGACUUAUGUGAAAUAAAACCAAAGUCAAUUAUGUAUAGCAAGCGCCAAUGCAUAGGACCGCAGAGCGAUGGCAGGGCUGGCUUCAGUGGCGACAGGCAAUGGAUGGAUGGAGGGAUCAGGUGCCAGCAGUUCUUAUGUAGCACGUUACCCAAGCUCAGUGCUGUUUAAAUCUGGUAAACAUUUAACAAACGGCGUGUACCAUUCCCCUGCAGUCGACCAGCGAAUAUAACAGUAUAUUGCAUUACCGUAGUAUGAUUAACAAAGCGAAAACUAGGGUCAUAAUUAAACUAGUAAAUUUAUGAAAGUAAUUGAGUAGAAUUGUAGAUUGUUGAGUACGAAAUGACAAGGAACAAUACCUGUAGUUGAGAACGCUCGGGGCACCUUUGAUAUCGCUGUGUUGCCACUUGCAUGCUCUUUCAAUUGGCGGCUAAUGUGACAUCCAAAGACCUGCCAAGCAGAUCAGAUCGGAUUCCUGUUACCGCUCCCUUUCCCUUGAUAUUACUGCUACAGUGUAAUACGUUUCCCACCACAUCGUCAGCAUGAGAACGAAAACACUUGCACAAAAGAGUUUAGUAAAACACAUAGUAAAGGAAGUAGUGUCGGCUUCGUUGUACGUUGCACCGACACGCACCUUAUUCGCUUAAAUGAACACCUCAAGUUGCGCCACAGUUAUACCUUAGUAACAGCAAGUAUUAUUAUCACUUACGAUAGGCAUCGAGAGAAUCUUCAAGAGAAAGGGAACAGUUACUGUGCAAUAAGUAUUACAGCAGUAUGAAAAUCGAGCUGCUGCUGCGUGGCCGUUUUUGGGGUAACUCAACGUUCGAACUGUCCGUUUUUGUUUUGUUAAAUGUAUAUUUCGUUUCUCAUUCAAACAAGCGAACUCAGUAACGGUGACCGCGUUGCGCUAGAACGCAGAUCCGUGUAUCGUUCUGGGCGGCCUAGGGUUUCCAGUAGCAGCAAUAAGGA